AGGGAUAAUCAAACGUCGGUCAGGAACAAUUUUACAGAAUUCGCAGGAGGUCCAGGAGACUGUCGAACUCACGAACUGAGGAUUACAAUCGAAGGAGGAUUACAAUCGAAGAUUACUCCUUGUCUCCUUCAUCUCGCACAUCACAGCCGCACCGCAGGAGGAUUAAAAAUUACAAUCGGUUAUUCGGUAUUUCACUUGAUAUUGCUGCCGCAUGAGUGAUGACGAAACCAAAAUCCAAAAAACAAGCUUUAAUUGGGAACUUUUUCAAGCGAAAAUACGAAGAAAUUAAUGAUGAUGAAACAACUCCUCCGAAUGUUGACGUUGAUUCAAGUCCGAAUGUUGAUAAUGAUAAUAUCCAAGCAAAUGAUGGUGACAUAUGGAUGAGAAUAUGAAGAAGUUAACUAAAGAAGAAAUUGUUGCAAAUUAUUAUAGAUUACUUGGUUCUGUUAUGAGUGCUAGAUUUUGUUUAGAAAACUCUUUACCCUUUCGUGGCCAUGAUGAGUCGGAAGAAUCUAAUUCUCAAGGUAUGUUUCUUUCGGUGUUAAACUUGAUUAGUACUACCCACCCGGAAAUUGGAAAGUACACAUUAGGGAACGCAAAAAAGAACAAUAAAUUGACAUCGCCAAAGAUACAAAAGGAGAUUAUUGAAUGCUUUUCAAAGGAAGUAACAAAAAGCAUUUGUACAGAAAUUAAAGAUGACGUGUUUGGGUUGUUAGUAGAUGAAUCUAGUGAUGUUUCUUUAAAGGAGCAAAUGGCUGUAGUCGUUAGAUUUGUUGAUAAACUUGGUGCUGUUAGAGAGAGUUUUAUCGGAAUUGUUCAUGUGAAAGAUACGGCUUCUACAACUCUUAAACAAGCCAUUGAUGAUUUAUUAGCAAGCAACCAGUUGAGCAUAAAACAAGUGAGAGGCCAAGGUUAUGAUGGUGCAAGCAAUAUCCGGGGGGAAUUUAAUGGGUUAAAAGCGUUGAUUUUGAAGGAUAACCCGUCUGCACAUUACAUCCAUUGUUUUGUUCAUGAACUUCAGUUGGUUAUAGUCGCUGUUGCAAAAAAACAUACUGGUGUGAAAACUUUCUAUGAAUUCCUUUCCAUGGUUGUCACUACGGUUUCAGCUUCUUGCAAACGAAAAGAUAUGUUAAGGGAGGAAAAAAAGGCGAGAGUGGAAAAAGAGAUACUUGAAGGUGAAAUUAAAACGGGUAAAGGAUUAAACCAAGAGGUUUCCCUAGCACGAGCCGGUGAUACGCGAUGGGGUUCACAUCAUAGAACCAUCAUCAGUUUGCUUAGAUUGUUUCCGGAAGUUGUUACCGUACUUCAAUACGUUAAAGAAGAUGGAGAUUGCAGUCAACAACGGACAAAUGCAAAAGGUAUUCUAUCCUAUUUUAAAAAACUCGAGUUUGUUUUUUAUAUGCAUUUGAUGGGAGAUAUAUUAAGUUACACAAAUGCUCUUUCAAAACACCUUCAACAAAAAGGUAAAGAUUUAUUAGAAGCGGCCAACUUGAUAAAUGGUAAAAAACGAGCAUUAAAUGCCUUAAGACAAAAUGGGUUUGAGCCGAUGUUGGAAAAAGUGACUUCCUUUUGUAAAAAAUAUGACAUUACAAUGUUAGACAUGACGGAAAGUUAUGGUAAUCCAAGAAACCGAAAGAAUGUCAUUACAAAUCGACAUCAUUUUGAAGUAGACAUUUUUAAUGGGGUUUUGGACAUGCAAAUUCAAGAAUUAGGAAAUCGAUUUAGUGAGGUAACAACUAGUUUGAUAAAAAAAUAUGUCGGGUUUAAAUCCUUCUAACGGUUUUUCUAAGUUUGACCCAUCAAAGAUAUUGACGUUUGCUAAGAUGUACCCGGAUGAUUUUACUACACAAGAAAUUGGGAGUCUUUUGGGUGAUAUUGAGUCAUUUCGUCACACAAUAAGCGAUGAUGAUAACUUUGAAGACUUGAAUGGAAUAAGUGAUCUUGCGCGUGUUAUGGUUGAAACGGGAACGCACAGUUCUUGUCCUACAGUUUAUCGGGUAGUUAAGCUCGCUUUGCUUUUACCGGUGGCAACCGCAACCGUUGAAAGAUGUUUUUCGAAAUUGAAGCUUGUGAAGACGGAUUUACGCAAUCGAAUCGGUCCGGAAUUCUUGAACAAUGCUAUGGUUUGUGCGGUCGAAAAAUAUUUUUUAAGUGAAGUAAAAGACGACGAUGUGAUGGAACGAUUUCAAGCUAUGAAAAAAAGAAGUGGACAAAUCUAUUAGGUAUUUGUUUUACUUUAUUUUAUGUAUUGUUGUUUUUUUUAAUAUUGUAUGAUUGCAUGGUAAAAAAUAUUUUUUUUUGGGAUA